AUGCUUUUAUCGGACUGCAAUGACCUUGAGUAUUACUACUAUGAAUUUCAAAAAUCGACAGCAAAAUCGCUGUGCAAAUUUGAGAAAACAUUUUAUCCGUUCUCCAACAAAAUUCUGGCCUUUGUCAAUGAAAUCUCAAUAUCAAGUGUUAUCAUAAAUCUCUUACAUUUUUUUAUUCUUACAAGGAAACCAAUGAGAACAUCUUCAAUUAAUAAUUUGAUGGCUGCCGUUGCCCUUUUUGAUAUUUUCACAUGUUUUCAACAAAUUGAAAUUAUAUUUGAGAAGUAUAAGUACAUCUUCUUCUCAUGCUUGCCCAAAGACACAUAUGGUUUAGUUUUAGCUAGAACACUGCUCAUAGUAGUUCAGGAUUACGCUAGAAAGUGUUCAACAUGGCUCAUCAUUUUUAUUGCCAUGAUUCGAACACUGCUUGUUAGGAAUCCAUUGAGCAAUCAAUUUGAGUCACUGGGAAAACCAAAGGCAGCCGCUAUUGUCAUUGCUAUAGUUUGCAUCUCAAGUUUGCCUGUUUCAAUGUUCAGAUUUCUUGAAAACACACUGAUGGAGAGCAUUCCCCGUCAGUCGUGUGCUCCAAAUAGAACUUAUUAUGAAUAUGUGGGGUCAGAACUUUUUAUGGAUAACGAAGGAUCUAUCGCGAAAUAUUUUAACUUGCUUAACUCACUAGUGUCGGAUAUAAUUCCGUGCAUAUCGCUUCCAAUUGUGACCUGUCUACUUGUUUAUGCUGUAUUGAAAUCUAACAAAAAACGUGCAAAACUGAUCUCUUCUUACACAGAUAAGAGUUCUCGUGGAAAAACUGGAUUGGUGUUUUGUGUAGCUAUAAUGUUUUUUAUUGUUGAGUUUCCGUAUGGCUUAAGCAUAGGAACUGCAUGGAUUUUCUUAUUAGCGCCCGGUGUAUACAACAUUCUAAAUCAGUUGGCAUCCAUUUUUUCAAUGUUAAUAACCUUGAACAGUUGCACUCAUCUCAUUAUUUGCCUAAUCAUGUCUUCUCAAUAUCGGAGUACAACCAUUCAAAUCUUCACCUGUGGAUAUUUCAACCAAAAAAAAAGAAUUUCGAGUCGAAGUCAAGUGCCAUAG